AUGACUGAACCGACUUCAAAGAAUGCGCCAUACCGGCCCCAAGAUCACCUCAGACCAUUCCCGCCCCUGUCACCAACAACCUCCCAACCAUUGAAACAACCGAUCCCUCCCAAUGAAGUCCCCGACCCGAAGCAGAAUGGGACAGCUUACAUCAACCAACCCGCCAACGACUCAACCAACGACGAACCAAUCCCCCCUCUCCCAACCGUGAUCGCAAGAAUCCACGCCCGCGUACAAGCCUUCCUAAACGAACCCCACGCCCCGGACACACUGCUAGCCUCGGUGCAACGACAAACGCGCAUCUCGCUAGAAGUAGUCAGCACCGCGCUGCAGCGAUACAAGCUCUCGGAACUCUCCGUCUCCUACAACGGCGGGAAGGACUACCUCGACGCAGAGGCCCAAAUAGCCGCUGCGACGGUCAUCCCGGCCAUCUAUGCGCUCCCGCCUGAUCCCUUCGAUGCAGUUGAAGACUUCGUCAUCUCCUCUGCUGAGGCCUAUCAUCUCGCUAUUACAAAGUACACGACUGCGCCGCCGGAUAAGACGCUUCGCUCGAGUUUUGAGGAUUAUCUGGCGCGUCACCCUGGGAUCCGGGCGAUAUUUGUUGGUACAAGGCGGACGGAUCCGCAUGGUGCGCAGCUGACGCACUUUGAUCGGACGGAUGGGGGGUGGCCGGAUUUUGUGCGCGUGCAUCCGGUGAUCGAUUGGCAUUAUGCGGAGAUUUGGGCAUUUAUUCGGCAUCUGGAUUUGAAGUAUUGCUCGCUCUAUGAUGAGGGAUAUACCAGUCUUGGCGGCACGUCUGAUACGCAUCCUAAUCCGAGAUUGCGGCUUGGGGCUCAAGCUGAUGGACAGUAUCUUCCUGCCUAUGAGCUCACUGAGGAUCUGGAGGAGAGACUUGGGCGCAAUUGA